AUGAGGAAAGAAGUAGAAAAUUUGGAGGAGAGCUUGUGGGAAGAAAGUGCAGAUGCCCCAAGCGAUCUCCAGACAGUGAAUAUCGAAGACGCGAGAGGCGGGGAGAAGCGCGAAACCGGCGUCACUGGCUGCCAAAUCAAGGAAAGCAGCAGAGGCACCCUGGUACCCAAGCUUCUUGUCAGAAUAGAGACAAUGCGAAUGGUCUCUCUUGGGGAGAAUGGGAAGGGGAUGGAGGAAGGAUUCGAAGAGAGAAGAGCGGCCCAUCCAACUGACACUGGCCCACCCACUGCCAACCACCCUUUCAGCAGCAAAGAGCUCGACAAACCGGGCAUGCAACGAUUCACUCGCCUAGCUAGUAGAGAGUCAUCUCUGGCUCAUGUACAAAAAUUGAAUUACAAUAUCUGGGGUACAUUGGACAUUUCGCCUCAGCGAGGACGCAGUUGA